GCUGACGCAUUUGUGUCGACAGCUUGUGGACAUUUCAUAGGUCCCCCGCCGCCGCCACCAUGAUUAAGAAAAGAACAAACUGUUUAAUCGGUUUAGCAGCCACGUCGAAAGAAUACACCUUACUAGAAGUCUUCUGACGAAUAGCAUGUACUUCGUCUUUCUAUAAGAAAAUAUCAUACUCUCGGCAUCCGUACUGAUAGGAUGGAUUUAGUAUCGACGAUCGUCCUGUAUUUGAUCCCCGUUCUAAUGGUGAAUUCGGCGCAAGGUUCGACUCUGACCUUCGAGUUAGCAGACCGAGAGGAGAUGUGCUUCUCGGAAAACAUCACCAAACCCAUCAAACAUAAUGUGGAGUACAAGGUCGUGCGAGGCGGAAACCUGGACGUCGACAUGAAAGUGUUGUCACCCAACGGCAAGAUGAUGUACAUGGGACAGAAGAAGAAAUGGGACAAGUUCCGCAUAGAGACGUCCCGCGGACAGUUCAACUUCUGCUUCAGCAACGAGUUCUCCACCAUCUCACACAAGGUCAUCUACUUCCACCUGUCUCCGGACUAUCCCGAGACCCUGUCGGCAAAGAUCGGCGUCAAGCAUCAAGGCGUGCCGACGCUGACCGAAGUCCUGUGUGAAAAGAUUAACACGAACAUGGAGAGCGUCGUCAAGCUACAAAAGGACUACCGCCUGAAGGAGGCUAUCGGCAAGGGGAACGCAGAGCAGCUGAGUGUCGGCGUGCUGUGGUGGUCCAUGUUCCAGGCAGGGAUCAUACUCAUCACGGGGAUGGGACAGGUGGUCAUCCUCAAGACCUUCUUCACCGACAGAACUCCCACAAGAAAGCCCUGAAAAUUUAGAAACUUACUAGAAAUACCAAUUGAAAAUAAAUAUUACAUAGAUGUUUUGUUAGAAAAUUUGUCAACACCACUCUUCAAAGAAACUUUUUUAUUUGAUAUACUCGAUCGACAAUAUGUAUUUGUCAUUAAAAACAACUACCAUUACAGCAUCUUCUCUCCAACAAUUCCCCAAAGAAUGUGAGAAACUUUUCAUUUGAUAUAUUUGACAUGUAUUAACAUCUUAAA